ACGUAUGUGUCUCUUCAUCUCUUGGAAUAACAACGAGGGGAAUGAAAAUGGAACCACAACCACCCUCAAACAUCCCCCGAACGACGCUAAGACGGCAUCCUAUAUGUCUCCGAUGAUUUGUUUCGAAACCGAGGAGGUCAAUGCAUAGCGCCAACAACGACAGAAACUGUCCAAAAUAGUAACUUCCCACACAGAGAGCAAUACCCAGAAUAGUAAUGGAAGUCGUACAGACACAUGUGCACAGUGUCUCCAUCUGCAAUACCUACAAAUACCACUAUCAGCUAUCCUGUCCUGUAAAAGCUCACGUCUGCUUUCUCUCUAAGCAUUCUUCAAUCAUGCCCACUCUUGUUGCUACCUAUGUUAGGCCUCGCCGGAGGAGGAGGAGGAGGAUGACGAGCAUUGUCGCCAGCACCAAAUCUUCACCCCCAGACUCUCCCUCAACUUUAACUUCAGCUUCGAACCCAGAUGAGAAGGAUGUGAAAAGGGGUGGCCCCGAUGCGCAAACUACGCUUUUGGGGAGAUUGUGGAAGGUGGCAGCCCCAUAUUGGUAUUCUGACGACAAAGUCCAAGCUAGAUGGCAGCUGGCCGCUGUCUUUGCUCUCACUUUAGGAACCACCGGAAUCAGUGUCGGAUUCAAUUUCCUUGGCCGCGACUUCUACAAUUCUCUUGCCAACAAGGACCAACAACAGUUCACGAAGCAACUUCUAUAUUACCUUGGUGCCUUUGCUGGUGGAAUCCCGUUUUUUGUUUUGAGAGAUUAUGCAAGAGACACUCUUGCUUUGAGAUGGAGGUCUUGGAUGACAAGAUAUUACAUGGAACGCUAUCUGAAGGAUCAGACAUUUUACAAAAUCCAGUCACAAUCAAUUAUUGAUAACCCAGAUCAGCGGAUUGUUGAUGAUCUUAGUUCCUUCACUGGGACGGCCCUUUCCUUCUCCUUGAUACUUUUCAAUGCUGCUGUAGACUUGAUAUCCUUUAGUAACAUCUUGUAUGGCAUCUAUCCUCCACUGUUUGUUAUUCUUCUUGUAUACUCGAUUGGUGGAACAGCUAUUAGUGUGUUUCUUGGAAAGGGUUUGGUGACUUUAAACUUCUUGCAAGAGAAAAAAGAAGCAGAUUUUCGUUAUGGACUUGUUCGUGUUAGAGAAAAUGCUGAAUCAAUUGCUUUCUAUGGUGGUGAAGAAAACGAAAUACAACUUCUGCUGCAGUACUUCAGAAGUGCUUUUGAAAAUUUUACUCAAUUGUUGAUAUCUUCUAGAAAUCUAGAGUUCUUCACCAGUGGCUACCGCUACCUCAUUCAAAUUCUUCCUGCUGCUGUUGUUGCUCCCAUGUAUUUCUCAGGAAAAAUUGAGUUUGGUGUCAUUAAUCAGUCAGUAUCUGCUUUCAAUCAUAUCCUUGGAGAUUUUUCUCUCAUUGUUUACCAAUUUCAGGCUAUUAGUGCAUUUUCAGCUGUCAUUGAUCGACUAGGUGAAUUUGAUGACAUUUUAGAUAGAAGCUCUAAAUUAGUUUCUGAACCCUCAGAAGAGAUACAACUUGUGUACCAUAGUGUUAGUUCACAUGUACUGGAGUCCAAUGGAUCCAUGCCCAAAGGCAAGCAUCAAAGAUUACUGGAUAUAGAGAAUUUAACCGUACAGACACCAAGUAAAGCUACACUGGUUAGAGACUUAAAAUUGGUGGUCAAUGAGAUGGAUCACUUACUGGUAACAGGACCUAGCGGGAGUGGUAAGACUUCCUUGCUAAGAGCUAUGGCUGGCCUUUGGAGUACUGGAAGAGGAAAAAUCACCUUCUAUGUGAAAGAUGGAGAAAAUCCUCCUGAAGUAAGAACUACGUCUGAUAUGAAAGGAGAACAUGAACGAGCCAUAAAUAGAAAUGCUAGAGGCAUAUUUUUCCUCCCUCAAAGACCGUAUAUGGUUUUAGGAACUCUACGUCAGCAGUUGCUUUAUCCAACAUGGGCAGAAGAUGCAAUUACCAACUCCGAUGGUGCUGAACCAAAUGGUCCACUUCCUUUCCUGACACGGGUACCAAAGGCAGGAAAUUUGAGCGAGAACCAGAUUAAGCCUACAACAGAUGAGUUAAUACAAGUCUUAGAGGAUGUCCGCCUUGAAUAUAUAUUGUCUCGUGUCGGCAGUCUGGAUUCGAUGUGUGAAUGGUCCAGUGUUCUUUCCCUUGGAGAGCAGCAACGCCUUGCUUUUGCACGCCUUUUGCUUUCAAAACCGAAAUUGGUUCUGUUGGAUGAAUGUACCAGUGCUCUAGAUGAAGCCAACGAGGCUCAUUUAUACCAGCGGAUUGGAGCAGCAGGCAUCACAUACAUUAGCAUUGGCCAUCGGCGGACCCUGUUUGAUCACCACAACAGUGUCUUACAUAUAUCCACGACAGAUCCCAGCGAUACUCAACGUAAUUGGCACCUCGAUUCGAUUAAUCGCGACACUGUAUGACAUAUUAAAGCUGUAAUUGUUGUGGACAUUUAUUCUCUGCCGAUUGCUGCUUUGCAUAAGGUGACAUUCACGCUCCAAGGUGGGAAAGAGCACUCCAAUUGGAAUUUUUAUUUCACAAUGGCAAUUUGAUUGCUUGGUCAUAUACACCAUGGCUAUGUGUUUCAAGCUGUUCA